AUGACUAAUGCAACUAUUUUCAGUGGAUUUUCCUUAUUAGAAUUAAAUGACACAACAACAAUGCAAAGAGUCACUCUUUUCUCUUUGACCUUGUUGUGUUACACUUUGAUUUUGCUUGUAAAUGGUGUUCUUAUUGUUACUAUCAUACUAGAGAAAAAACUGCAUAAACCCAUGUACAUCUUCCUAUGUAAUCUGUGCAUUAAUAGUCUUUUUGGGACAGCAGGCUUUUAUUCCAAAUUUAUGUUCGAUCUAUUGUCAAAAACUCACGUCAUAUCGUAUAGUGGUUGCCUCUUGCAGGUCUUUGUUAUAUACGUCUAUGCAGCAACAGAGUUUUCUAUACUAGCCCUGAUGGCAUAUGACCGAUAUGUGGCUAUUUGUCGACCACUGGAGUAUCACUCUGUUAUGACUAAACAGAGGGUUAUUUUUUUGGUGUGUUUGUCCAUAUUUGUACCUUUCCUCUGUCAGAGUAUUGUGGUAAUAAUGACCUCUAAGCUAAAAUUGUGUGGCUCCCACAUAGCAAAACUAUAUUGUGAUAACUUUUCAAUUCUUAAACUUUCCUGUAGUUCAAUAACAGCAAAUAAUAUUGUUGGAUUUACUGUUAUAUUUUUCUAUUUUGGGCAUGACCUUUUCAUCAUGUGUUCAUAUGUGGAGUUGAUAAAAGCAGCUUUAAAAUCAAGAGAGGGAAGGAAGAAGUUUAUGCAGACAUGUGUGCCACAUUUGUUCUGUUUGUUUAAUGUCACAGUUGCUCUGCUGUUUGACCUCAUGUACGUUAGAUAUGGAUCAAACUCUGUAUCACAGAGUGUAAAGAACUUCAUGGCCAUACAGUUUCUCAUCAUUCCACCAAUUCUCAACCCUAUUGUUUAUGGACUGAAACUGACUCAAGUUCGCAACAGUUUAUUACAUUUUGUGUCCAAACAACAAACAAUUAAAAGUUUAGGCUGA